AUGCCUCCAGUCCAGAAAAUUUGUCGACAGAACAGUAGUGAUUAUUUAUCAUUUGGGGGUUAUUUUCUCUCCUCAGAAGCAAUGAAACCUCCACGCUUGAAGCAUCACUUUGAUGCAAAGCAUUCUGACAAGGACAAGCCGUUAUCAUACUUUUUGCAACUGAGCUCCUCUUUCAAAAAGCAAAUACAAACAUUCAACACGCUCCUCCAGGAAAUGGAGAAUAACUGGUUGAUUGCGUCGUACAACAUUGCAUUGCUUGUUGCUAAGUCUGGAAAGUCUCACACAACUGGAGAAACAUUGUUUCACCCAGUUAUCGAAGAGGUUUUGUCAACCGUUAUUCACGAAAAACCCGAUAACAUUAUGGAGAGGUUCCCUCUUAGUAAUAACACAAUUUCUCGACGCAUCGAUGAAAUGGCCAACGAUGUCAAACAUCAGCUCAUUAAUAUUCUCCAGCGUUCUGAAUUUUCUAUACAAGUGGAUGAGUCAACUAUUGUUGACAAUCAAUGUUUGAUAAUGGUAUAUGUACGUUAUUUCAACAAAGACCUUCAACCUUGUGAGGAAAUGCUGUUCAGAGAGAAAUUGCCGCUUGAUUCAAAAGGUGCAACUACUUUUCACACUCUCAAGUUUUUCCUUUUUGAACAUAAUAUCUCACUCAGUAAUAUUCUUGCCUGUGCAUCUGAUCGAGCCCCUUCGAUGGUAGGAAGAUACCGAGAUUUUUCAUCUCUCCCAAAGCGUGAAAUUUCUCACAAGAUACUAACUGUUCAUUACUUGGCACACCGGCAACAUUUAGUGGCAAAAACUAUGAACAGUAGAUUGAAUGAUGCGCUACAGUUAGUUAUCAAGACUGUGAAUAAUUUGAAGCCCAGGACCAUACUAAACUCUUAUACCAUAUCGAAGUACGGUGGCUGUCGAAAGAAAACUGUGUUUUACGCUUUGUUUUACGCUUUGAAAAUACUCCACUAUCCGCUUCAUUGA